CACAUGUUGCAAUAAACAGCUUUGCGGGGCUUGCAAGCCUUGCACAAGGCUUUAUGAAGUUUGCGCAAGGUUCAAGGGCCUUGAAGCAAGCAGACGACCGCGUGCGCGGUGCGUGUCGGUCCAUCUGCUCGCCCCACGAGCCCGCAGCCCGCUCUGUGACGUCGCGACUCGUCGUUCGCAGGAGCUCGCACACUCAGCAGCAGACAAGUUUUUUUGGCGCGAAGACGAACCUACAAACAGGCAGAGAUUGCAAGACUGGAAUCACCCUCGUCCAGGAGAGGUCUGAUUCAAAAAGGAACCAUGAACUGUGUGGACAUCAAUGGAGUGUCACAUUUGGACAGCAUGGAAACCGCCACAGACGACAACGCAGGGCGUGACCCGGUCACAGGUCUAAGGUCGUGUGAUCGGAGUGCCAUUCGUGACAGCUGGGUCAUCGUCAGUGAAGACAAAAUAGGCAACGGACUCCGACUGAUGCUCAAAUUUUUCGAGGAUUAUCCGGACAACCAGAACUUCUUCCCAGACUUCCGGGGCAGGGCACUGGAGGAGCUGCGCGAAUGCCCCAGCCUGCAGCAGCAUGGGCUUCGUGUCAUGGGCGCUUUGACCAGCAUCGUGGACAGCAUCGACGACGCGGGCGUGCUGGUCGGCGUGCUGCACCGGACGGUGGACAGCCACCUGACGCGCGGCGUCCGAGCGGCACAGUUCGCGGAACUGAUAGAGGUGUUCGCUCGGUUCCUGGCGAGCACUUUAGGCGACAGGUUCACGCCAUCCAUGGGGGAGGCUUGGACGACUGCAGCCACCACCAUCCUGGCCGUAGUCAAGGCACGAGUACAAGACCAGCUCACGACUCUACCUGCCUCCUCGUGAACUUCUUGCUGUUUGAUUCUGCGGCAACGACCAGUAACUUCCUGCCGCUGUCUAAAUACGAGAGGUCCGGGGGAACCUUUCUGAAAAUCGUAUCACCAUUGUCAUCGCCUGCAACUACCUCAGGACGCGUGAGUGGGCGGGUGGCUGGCUGACCCCUCUCCUCUCUCCUUCCCAUCAGAAGGCUCUUCCACGACAGGACAGCUGUCAAGCUGGCCGCUCAAGGAGUCAUGCUUUGGCGUGCUUUCGUGUUUUGUGACAUGUAGGUGGACAUCAGCCAGAAGUCUAUAGAAUCUCUUGUUGUACAACACAAAAUUCUGAAACUUUUUUCCUCUGCGGGCGAUGCUAUGAGCUUAAAUGUUGUCUUGCUUGUCUACCUUCAAACUUCACCCACCCAGAAUUGCUGUCUUUGGCAGCCAAGAAACAGUUCAGUGACGAAUUAAAAAUGACUGCAAUAAUUUGCAUACACGUAGCAUAAAAAGCUGUGGUAAGCUGAAGUUUGCCUACUUGGUUACUGUUAAGUCACUGUCCCUUAAAAAAAGUUUUUUGUGUAAUGUACAUAGCACCACUCUUCAGUGUUUGGUGUGUUUUAUUAUUUCCCAAUAUAUUAAACACGUACCUAUUACCAAGUUAAUCAUAAUUGUGUGUGUGUGUGUGUGUGUUCAUCUUUCGCGACAUUUCACACCUGUGUCUAUGGUAGAGCAACGAUCUUGAUAAAAUUAGACUCCUGUUGGAGCGCACCAGGAUGGAUAAUAUUCCAAGUAUAGUCUGGUUUUCAGACAUUUUUCUUUGUGUCAAGAAGAUUUCAUCGGCGAGGACAAUUUUUCAAAAUAGUUCUUAAACGUUUUUACUAAGUUUUUUAUAGUCCCUUUUCAGUCUUGCCUUUGUACAUCGGAGAACAAAACUGCGUGAAUAACACAGGAAAUACUUUUGUGGAUAAUUUAAAAUAUUCAUUUUUAGUGCCACUGUAACAUAUGGACACAAACAUAUAUGUAUAUAAAGCUUGUGCAGUGGCUUAGAAAUAUUUAUACCAUAUCUGCAAAAUUCUGCAACUUCUUAAUCCUUCCCUUGAUAUGCACACAAAAAUAACCUCUAAAUGUAACCCCAAUAAGUAACUGCCUAGGAUAGAGGGAAGGUGACUAUGAGAGCCCAGUAAAUAUGUAAGGUACGUCGUGAUUCACGUCACGUCAUAUUUUACUUCGCAUUAAAGUUAUCUGUGCGUA